AACAGAAAGGUGGCAGCACAAUCGGGGACGAAGAUUUUUCUUCGUUCCGUGCACGGAUUUCCAAGAAUAUCACAAAAAUCACAAACAAAGCGACGCGUCGAUUUAGUUGAACACCUCUUAGAAUUUCAAAGCAAAGCUUUGAAGUCGUGUAUUUAUUCUAAAUUGUGCCGCAAAUAUUCCAAAUUACUAAAUAAAACCUGUAUUGAAAAUUGAAAUAAAUUUUACAAUGAUAACAGACGUUCAACUCGCUAUUUUUUCAAAUGUUGUAGGAGUUAUCUUAUUCCUCCUUGUCGUAGGCUAUCAUUAUAUAGCCGCAAAUACCGGAAGCAGGUCUCUGUCAAAAUCUAAAUAAUAUGUCAACUAAUUUCUUGAACAACAAUAAUGUCUAAUCUUACGAGUGUGUAAAAGUAAUUUACUCUGUAAAGAACUAUCUAUAUCCAUAUAAUGAGUACAUUUCCUUUAAUUUAAUAAAAUGCAAUAAUCUUUCAAAAUCAUAUAUUAAUUAUUUUUUAUCUUCAUAUGUAUUUAUUAUUAUCAAAACAAGAUUUAAUCAGAGAUCUUCAUCUGGUAGUCUCGUCAAUCGGUUGGCUAUGGACUUAGUGGCAAAUGUCUAUGACAACACUUUCUAACUUUAACAGAAAUUGAAUUGUGCUAACUAGACAGAGAUAGCUGUCCGUUUUACAUCCCAUAAUCAAAUGUUUAAUUUUAAGUUGACGUCAGCAAAUAUUAGUGAAUUACCCCUUAUAUUUUAAAAUUUAAAAAUUCCAAUAAAUUAAAAAUGAUGUUGAACGUACUAUUAAUAAAAUAAUCUAACUUAUAGAAUAGGAUAAUAAAUAAUAGCGAACUUCAGGUUACAAUCAUAAUCUGAAAAUAAACAUACAACUCACACAUAGCAUUCCGGAAAGCCUUUUAAAACCCCUGGUAAGAUACUUUAUAACCAAUAGUUUAACACUGAAAUAAAUAUUAUCAAAGGUAACUCAUAAAAAUGAAUCUUGGAGAGAGUUUUCCUAAUUUCAAAGUUUCAACUACACUUGGAGAUAUAGACUUUCACCAAUGGCUUGGAGAUUCUUGGGGAGUUUUAUUUUCACAUCCAGCUGAUUUUACUCCUGUUUGCACAACCGAAUUAUCAAAAGCUGCGAGUAUAAGCAAUGAAUUUGGAAAACGCAAUACCAAAAUCAUUGCAUUGUCUUGUGAUCCUAUCCAUUCACAUUUAGAAUGGAUAAAAGAUAUUCAAGCAUAUGGAAAACAAGCAGGUGAAUUUCCCUUUCCAAUUAUUGAUGACUCCUCACGGGAGCUAGCCGUAAAGCUUAAGAUGUUAGAUUUGGAUGAAAUAGGAAAUUCGGGUCUUCCUCUGACUUGUAGAGCUGUAUUUAUAAUUGAUCCGAAAAAACGUUUGCGGCUAUCAAUUCUAUAUCCAGCUUCAACGGGAAGAAAUUUUGACGAAAUCAUUCGUGUAUUAGACUCUCUUCAGUUGACAGAUCAAAAAAAGGUUGCAACUCCUGUAGAUUGGAGACAAGGAGGAGAUUGUAUGAUCUUACCUACUGUCAAGGAGGAAGAAAUUCAUUCUUUAUUCCCUGAAGGUGUGGAAAUGUUAGAAGUUCCAUCAGGCAAAAAAUACAUUAGAAUAACUCCAUGUCCCGAUACAAUUUAAUUAAGUUUAAAAUGUUUUAAAUUCAAAAUUGAAAACAAUAAAAAUAUUUCCAUUAAUCAUCUCAAAGCAUAAGAAGAACACGAUUUGAACAUUUUAAUAGGUAUUAUUAGCUUGAUUAUUAGGUAGUAAAGAGUGAAAUCAUCCAUG